AUGACUCCCAAUAACAACCACAAAGUCGAACAACAUAUUAGAGAACAGCUUGAGUUGUUUCAAGACACUAUUUUAAGAAGAAAUGCCCCAGUUGCCGUUUUAUACGAAGAUGCUUUAAAGGAAAAAGGCAGCGCAAUUACCUCUUCGGGCGCUUUAGUUGCUCUAUCCGGUGACAAAACCGGUAGAUCUCCAAGAGAUAAAAGAGUCAUUAAAGAAGACGUUUCUAAAGAUAAUAUCUGGUGGGGUCCAGUUAAUAUUCCAUGCUCCGAAAAAACUUGGAAUAUAACUAAAGAAAGGGCCGCAGAUUAUCUAAGAACUAAAGAACUGUUAUACGUUGUUGAUGCCUAUGCAGGAUGGGAUCCACGUUACAGAAUCAAAGUUCGUGUUGUUUGCGCUAGAGCUUACCAUGCUUUAUUCAUGACAAAUAUGUUGGUAAAACCUACCAAAGAAGAAUUAGAAAACUUUGGCGACCCAGAUUUUACCAUCUGGAAUGCUGGCCAAUUCCCUGCUAACAAAAACACCGAAGGUAUGACUUCUAAAACUACAGUUGAAAUCAAUUUCAAAGCCAAGGAAAUGGUUAUUUGUGGGACUGAAUACGCUGGAGAAAUGAAAAAGGGUAUUUUCUCGGUUAUGUUUUACAUGAUGCCCAUCAACUAUGAUGUUUUGACUUUACAUUCCUCUUGUAACGUGGGUGUUAAAAACAAUGAUGUGACUUUGUUUUUCGGGUUGUCUGGUACAGGCAAAACCACAUUGAGUGCUGAUCCACACAGAUUAUUGAUCGGUGAUGAUGAACAUUGUUGGAGUGAUCAUGGUGUAUUUUGUAUUGAAGGUGGUUGUUACGCUAAAGUUGUUGCUUUGAGCGCUGAAAAGGAACCAGAAAUCUUUGAUGCCUUGAAAUAUGGUUCCGUUUUGGAAAACGUUGUUUAUGAUAAAGAAACCAGAGUUGUUGACUACAACGAUACUUCCAUCACAGAAAACACUCGUGGUUGUUACCCAAUUGAUUAUAUUCCACGUGCCCAUAUUCCAUGUAUGAUCGACACACAUCCUUCCAAUAUUAUAUUGCUUACUUGUGAUGCGUUCGGUAUUUUGCCUCCUGUUUCCAAACUAACUCCAGAACAAGUUAUGUAUAAUUUUAUCACUGGCUUCACAAGUAUUCAACCCUCCACAGAAGUUGGUGUUAGCGAACCAAUUCCAACCUUUUCUGCGUGCUAUGGCCAACCAUUUUUGACUUUACAUCCAACCAAAUAUGCUUCAAUGCUAGCCGAGAAAAUAUCACACCAUAAGGCCAAUGCAUGGUUAAUUAACACUGGCUGGACCGGUGCUUCUUAUGCUGAUGGCGGGAAGCGUUGUCCAUUGAAAUAUACCAGAGCUAUCUUGGAUGCUAUACAUGAUGGAUCUCUAGCCAAUGCUGAAUACGAAACAUUGCCAAUUUUCAAUUUUAACAUUCCAAAGGAGGUUAAAAAUGUUCCAAGCUCAUUAUUGAAUCCUUUGAAAAGUUGGGGAAAGGGCGAAGCUGAUUAUAUGAACGAAUUAAAAAAAUUGGCCAAUAAAUUUACUGAAAACUUUAAAAAAUAUGAAGAUGCUGCUACCCCAGAAAUUUUAGCUGCUGGUCCAAAAAUUUGA